AUGACUUCAGCUGCCACAGCAAAGAACCUCUCCUUCGUCCUCGAAGGCAUCCACAAAGUCAAAUUCGAAGACCGCCCCAUCCCCACCCUCGAAAACCCCCACGAUGUCCUCAUCAACGUCCGCUACACCGGUAUCUGCGGCAGCGACGUCCACUACUGGGAACACGGCUCAAUCGGCCCCUUCGUCGUCAAAGAACCCAUGGUCCUCGGCCACGAAUCAGCAGGAAUAAUAACCCAAAUCGGCUCCGCCGUCACAACCCUAAAAGUAGGCGACCGCGUCGCAAUGGAACCCGGCAUCCCCUGCCGCCGCUGCACACCCUGCAAAUCCGGCUCCUACAACCUCUGCAUAGACAUGGCCUUUGCAGCAACACCACCCUACGACGGCACCCUGGCAAAAUACUACACCCUCCCCGAAGAUUUCUGCUACAAGUUGCCGGACACUCUGUCCCUGCAAGAAGGCGCGUUGAUGGAGCCGCUCAGUGUUGCGGUGCACAUUGUCCGACAAGCAUCCGUGACACCGGGCCAAAGCGUCGUGGUCUUUGGUGCUGGGCCCGUCGGUUUGCUGUGCUGCGCUGUGGCGACUGCUUUCGGCGCAUCGAGCGUGAUAGCUGUUGAUAUCCAGCAAAAUCGCUACGCAACGACGUCGACAUUUAUGCCGGAGAAGGUCUCGGCAAUCGAAAACGCAGAGCGCAUGAAGAGGGAGAAUAACCUGGGCGCCGGCGCAGACGUUGCGAUCGACGCAUCAGGUGCCGAGCCCUCUGUUCACACGGGUAUUCAUGUUCUCCGGAAUGGCGGCACGUAUGUGCAAGGUGGGAUGGGGCGCAGUGAGAUCCAGUUCCCGAUUAUGGCGGCUUGUUCGAAGGAACUUACGCUCAAGGGGAGUUUCCGGUAUGGGAGUGGGGAUUAUAAGCUUGCUGUUGAGCUUGUUGCGGGGGGGUAA